GCGCCGAGUGGCCGGGGGCGCGCAGGCCCUGCCCGCCCCUUCCGUCCUCACGCCCGCCGCCCCGCCGGCCCUUCCUCUCCCACCUUCCACUCGCGGCCCGCGCCCCGCACCCGGCGGCCCCCGCGUCCUCCUCCCGCGGCAGCGCUGUCCGCGGCGGCCGGAGCGGGCCGGGCCGGGCCAGCGGGCCGGGGGAUGGCGCUGCUGGACCUGGCCCAGGAGGGAAUGGCCUUGUUCGGCUUCGUGCUCUUCGUGGUGCUGUGGCUGAUGCAUUUCAUGUCCAUCAUCUACACCCGGUUACACCUCAACAAGAAGGCAACAGACAAACAGCCGUAUAGCAAGCUCCCUGGUGUCUCUCUUCUGAAGCCACUGAAGGGGGUGGAUCCUAACCUAAUCAACAACUUGGAGACAUUCUUUGAACUGGAUUAUCCCAAAUAUGAAGUACUCCUUUGUGUACAAGAUCAUGAUGAUCCAGCCAUUGAUGUAUGUAAGAAAUUGCUUGGAAAAUACCCAAAUGUCGAUGCUAGAUUAUUUAUAGGUGGCAAAAAGGUUGGCAUUAACCCUAAAAUUAAUAAUUUGAUGCCAGCAUAUGAAGUUGCAAAAUAUGAUCUCAUAUGGAUUUGUGAUAGUGGAAUAAGAGUCAUCCCAGACACAUUAACUGACAUGGUGAAUCAGAUGACAGAGAAAGUGGGGUUGGUCCACGGGCUGCCGUAUGUAGCCGACAGACAAGGCUUUGCUGCCACCUUAGAGCAGGUAUAUUUUGGAACUUCACACCCAAGAUCCUAUAUCUCUGCCAAUGUAACUGGCUUCAAAUGUGUGACGGGGAUGUCUUGUUUGAUGAGGAAGGAUGUGCUAGAUCAGGCAGGAGGGCUCAUAGCCUUUGCUCAGUACAUUGCUGAAGAUUACUUUAUGGCCAAAGCAAUAGCCGACCGGUGGACCAAAUUGAGAAUUAACAUGCUUCCUGCUACAAUAAUUUGUGAGCCAAUUUCAGAAUGCUUUGUUGCCAGUUUAAUUAUUGGGUGGGCAGCCCACCAUGUAUUCAGAUGGGAUAUCAUGGUCUUCUUCAUGUGCCACUGCCUGGCAUGGUUUAUAUUUGACUACAUUCAACUCAGGGGUGUCCAGGGUGGCACACUGUGUUUUUCAAAACUUGAUUAUGCUGUGGCCUGGUUCAUCCGUGAAUCCAUGACAAUCUACAUUUUCCUGUCGGCAUUAUGGGACCCGACUAUAAGCUGGAGAACUGGUCGCUACAGGUUACGCUGUGGGGGGACAGCAGAGGAGAUCCUGGAUGUGUAAGAAGACCUCUGUGACUGAUGGCGCACAGUGUGGAAUGGAAGUGUUAUAAAUUAUGUUUAUAGAGACACUUUCCAGGGUCUCCCUUCAGUAGUUUAUCACAUGUAUGUUUUGGUAUCUGCUCUUUAAUUUAUUUGCAUGGCACUUGCAUCUGUGAAAAGCAAAAAAACAAAAACAAAACAUGUCUGUAGUCUUGGCCAAAUAGUAUAUCUUGUGGAAGUAGAGAAUCAAGGCAAUUGGUUCUAGGAAGUGGGAUUUGUUUUUUUUUGUUGUUGUUUAUUUUUUUAAACAAAUAAAUAUAUAUAUAUAUAUAUAUAUAUACACACACACACACAUAUACAGGACUGCUCUGCAGCAGACACUAUGACAGUAUCCUUCAGUAGGGAAAGUUUCUUACCUGAGUUCCUCUGAAUCUGUACGGGCAGAACAGCAGCUCCAUGAGAGAAGUCAUGGCCUCUCCCCUGUGUGAAGUAAAUGCUAUACAGAGAGACGCCCGCUGGCUGAGAAACUUUUUCAUGCUUUAUGCCUACCUCUUGUAGUUGUUGCAGAGCAAAUAGAAGUUAGAAGUUGUAAUACGGUAGCUAGGCCUUGCAAAAACAAAUGGAAAACUUUUUAAAAUAAUAAUAAUAAAAGAGCUGGAGUCUAGUAUUUAUAUAAAUCUGUGAGGUUUUUUGUUUUGUUUUGGGUUUUUUUUUUUGUUUUGUUUUUUUGUUUGUUUGGGUUUUUUUGUUUUGUUUUUUGUUUUUGGUCUCAUUACAAUUGAACCAAAAGUGGUUGAGAUUGGUUUUUAAUGGUAACCAUGAAUUGAAGGCAUCUUUUGGACCAACUGUCGUUGGUUCUGUCUUGAACCAUAUUAAUCACUGUGCUGUAAUUAGGAGAGCUGAAUCUUUCCCUCCCUGCUCCCGGCUCACCCGGCCUGCCCCAUCUUUCCUUCGCUUUUUCCAGGGGGUGAUGUUGUACAAGUGGAUGUUUUGUAGUGUAAGGAAAAUGCAUUUCAGACAGUCACACAGGAGCUAUUUUCUUACCCGGGAUGUCUGUAUUGUUAAUAAGAAUGUAAUUUCAUGAUACAAGUAUUUAAUAUCUUUUUUAAGUGAGUAAAAAUAUUCUAGCUAUUGGCAAAUAGAUUACAGUAGACAAUUAGAGGAUAUGAUGAGGUUGACUCUUCCAAUCAAUCAGUAUCAAGCUAAGUCGACUGUGUGCGUGUUGGUUUGUUUUCCUUUUUUUUCUUUUUUUUUACUAUAACAGUCUUAUUUAAAUUGGAUUUUUGUAUUCAGUUUGUAUGACAGUAGACUAGGCCAGCCUAGCUGUAAAUGCAUGCUACACUUUCCUCUCCGUCAUGCAGCUAAGCUUGCUUGUCAGCCCGUGCUUAACUUGUGGUGAACUGGACUUUUGUUUAAAAUAAGCAAAACUGUAAGGGACAGUGCAUCGGCCUUUCCCCGUCUUCUUAAGUAGAAGUUUGCUCAUCCUUCCGAAUUCGAGGGCGUGUUAUCCAUCUGAUGCUUGCUGUUAACCCCAGCACUUGGCAGCUUCCCAUCCAUCCUGUGUUACUAUGGCUUCCAUCUCAGCACACAGUGUAUAGCCUAUUAGCAAUAACUUCCUAUGUAUAGAGAACAUUUUCAUCUUACUGAGCCAGCCCAUUUGCCUAAUGACUAUACAGACAGUCUAAAUUGCAAUAUAUCUGUAAAUGUGUAUAUACUAUAAAUACACAAUAUACUUACAUUUUUCUGGGCCAAACAGCAUUUCCUUUCCCCUCCUUUUCCUCUCCCCUCUCUUGCCUUAUGAUGAAUUUGUUUGAGGGCAUUUUCUUCAUGAGCAAAGGCUUGGAUGCAUAUUCCUAGGUUUGAUUUUGUUUUUGUUUUUUUUCUUUCUGUGAAAUGGGUAUUAUUAUCCCCAAGGAGAGCUGCGCAGUGAGAGCCAGUCUAGUUAUGACCCACUACGUGUUGUUUUUUACAUUACUCUUUGAUGAGUCGCGUUUUGCUGAGCACGUUUGUUGUCCGUCGGUUUGUUUAGUGGAGUUUGGUGGAUGCCCUUUGCACUGCUGAAGUGAAAUCUUGCUGACUACUUAGCUUUUUUGUUGAUCUCAGUAUGGGCAAAGAAACAAAAUCCAAAUGGCUGGACAGACUUCUGUAAAUAUUUUUUUAAAAAAACAAAACAAAUGUUCUGUAUGUGUGUGUUUUACGUGGUCAUGAAGUAUUUCCUUAAAGCGAAGCUUUGAGUACACAGAGAGUAACUCUUUGUUUAGCAAGUUUGGAGUGAAGAUAAAAUAGCAAGAAAUACUGUAAAAUGUCAAAGCACCACACCAGAACUGUAGGAGUCCAGAUUUAUAAUAAACUGUCUUUUUAAAAAGAAAACAAUUAAGUGUCUAGAAUAUAUCAUGUUUUAUUAUUUAAAAUCAUUGUCUUAAGUUUUUUGUUGAGAGAAUAAAAAAUUUGAAUACAAUCAA